CUCUCAGCCCGUGUCCAUUUCCACCCUCCAAACCAAAAUCGGAUCGCGAUCCUAGGGUUACCACACCCUCCUCCCCACACCCAUCCCCGUCGUCCGAUCCGGUCCGAUCCGGUCCCUCGCCAUGGCACAGCACGACGGCAAGCCAUACCAGCCGCGCCGGGGCCCCGAGCGCCCCCCGCAGCCGGCGGAGGACCCGCCCGCGCCCGCCGCUGCGCCCGCAGCAGCGGACGCCGUGAUUGACCACCUCGCGGCCGUGGCUGCCGAGGCGGAGGCCUUGAACGCGUCCAUAGCGGCCGUCGCGGCCGAGGCGGAGGCGAUGAACGCGUACGAGCACGCGCAGGAGCAGGAGCAGGAGAUGGAGGAGGAAGAGGAGGAGGAGGAAGAGGAGGAAGAGGAGGAGAUGGAGGAGGACGACGACGAGGGCGAGGGGGAUGGGCAGCAUGAGCAUGGGCAGCACGGCGGCAACGGGGAGUCCGUCCCGAUGGACGCGGAGGCCGCGGCACAGGCGGCUGCUGCAGCUGCGGCCUGCGCACCGUUGGACCCGCACGGGGCGAUGGUCUCUGCGAUUGUGCCGCCCGCCACGGGUAACCAGCUCACCCUUUCAUUUCAGGGCGAGGUCUACGUGUUCGACUCUGUUUCCCCUGAUAAGGUGCAAGCUGUGCUUUUGCUGCUAGGGGGAAGGGAACUGAACCCAGGCAUAGGUGCCGGAGCAUCAUCAACUCCAUACAGUAAGAGGUUGAAUUUUCCACACCGGGUGGCAUCAUUGAUGAGGUUUAGGGAGAAGCGGAAAGAGCGAAACUUUGAUAAGAAGAUCCGGUAUACAGUUCGCAAGGAAGUUGCUCUAAGGAUGCAGCGUAAUAGAGGCCAAUUUACAUCUUCAAAACCAAAACCUGAUGACGGAACAUCUGAACUGGCAACUGCAGAUGGCUCCCCAAAUUGGGGAUCAGUGGAAGGUCGACCUCCGUCUGCUGCUGCAUGCCAUCACUGUGGUACUAAUGCACAUAAUACACCUAUGAUGCGUCGUGGACCUGAAGGGCCAAGAACAUUAUGCAAUGCUUGCGGCCUCAUGUGGGCAAAUAAGGGCAUGUUGCGGGACCUAUCAAAGUCUACUCCUCCAUCUCUUCAAAUGGUGUCAACAGGUCCAAAUGAUAGUCAGAAUGGAAACACCCUCUCUCAGCAGAAUGGAAGCACCCUCUCUCAGCAGAAUGGAAAUGCUGCCAUAGUGCCCUUUGCCGAGCAACAAAACCCAGCACCAGCGAGCGACGCCAACGGUCAUGGCCAUGGGUCUUCGACAUGAUGAGCAGGAUUGCUGCAUGUUUUUAACGGUGGAUGGAUGAAGGAGCGUCAUCCUCCUCUUUGAGAGUGAACUUCCUGUGUAGGUGAAAAGUGCUUGUAUUAUAACCUGAGUUAGGCUGUCGGUAUUAGUGUCGUCUAGGGUUUGUAGAGCUGCUGUUUUUAUCUGAUGGAAUCGUGCUUACCGCUGUUGUUGUGGCUAUAUGACAAUUCUGUUUCUUCUUGUUUGAGUCCAGUGUGAAUGCCCUGUGGCCUGUUGUUAUUUACAGAUGAUAUCAAAGUAGUCGUUUUAACCCAUGCUGAAGCAA